AUGUCAUCCACAUCAUCGUCGUUUACAUCAUAUCCGCGAUCACCACUAAGACCACAUCACUUUGCCGAUGACUCACACGAUGGAGGAAUUGUUCAACCCCCAUCACAAGAUACUACCAUUCCAGAUAUACCAAAUGCCAAGUGGCUCCAGAAAAUCAUGACUACAUGUUUUCUCUGUGAGCUGUGUCAUAAGGUCGUUAUAGAUCCUGUUCAAAUCGUACCAAAUGUCAUGUUGACUUGUAGAAGGUGUGCUCUUUCGAGGCGGGUUUCAAGUGAACAUAUGAUAGAAUUACCUACCGGCCUGAUACAAGCUUUUGAAGAGCUUUAUGAAGCUCAAAGAAACCUUCAACUACGUAAUGUAAACAAAUCACCAGAAGUGGAUGGACCGAAUCGUACAGUAGAUGAUUCUAUUGCCGGUCGGCGCAUGGUACGAGUAAAACGUACAGGUAUUAAUCCAGUUAAACAAACUCCUUUGCAAACUACUGCAGCAGAUGUUGUAAAGGCUGUAUCAAAGGAAACUCCUGUGCGACAUCAUGUUAUUCAACAAGAAUUAAGAGAAUUGGGAGAAAGUGAGUCUAAUAAGCGGUCAAUGAUUGAAGCAGAUGAAUCAGCUGAACGUAUUGAUUUGGUAAAACAACAUUCUAGUGUUUUGAGAAAAAUUCAGAGUCGAAGUCGUGAUAGCAGUAAAGUAUUAAAAACAGAAGCAGACAUGAAAUAUGAAGAAUCCGAAUAUACUGUAGCGUUAGAAUUAUAUUCAAAGGCAAUUGAACAACAACCUCUUGAUCGUCUUACUCGUCUCAGUGCUUUAUAUGGAAAUCGUUCCUCUGCUUAUUUUAUGGCACAACGCUAUAGCGAUUGUAUUUCAGAUUGUAUGAAGGUUAUAGCGUUGGAACCUGGCAAUGUGAAAAUGUACAGUCGAGCAGCGAAAGCUUCAGCAAUUAUUGGUGAUCUUGCUGCUUCUGUUGCUCAUAUGGAUGCUAUUCCAGAAAAUUUGGUAACUGAAGCUAUUCACAAUGAGAAAAAAAGAUAUAAAAGUGGAUUUGAAUUACUUCAACGUGCAGAACGAGCAUUUGGAACGCCUGAAGGAGAUGAAAUAUGGUUAAUGCUUGUGGCUCAAUUCAGUGAUACCAUUUAUUUUCGUAUGCGUUUGGCGGAAUCUUUGGUAAAGCAAAAAUGUUAUAUGAAAGCGGUAGAAAUUCUAGAUGUGGUAUCUUUAUCUAGAAGGACUCCUAGGUUAUUACAUAUGAUGGCAAAUUGCUUGUAUUUAUCUGGAUUUGAACAUUUUGAAAAAGCUCGUGCAUGUCUUGUUGAUGCUCAACAAUUAGAUGAAAGUUGUGCCAAAUUACUUAAACUUAUUAAUUUGGUGGAUGAAGGUAAACAAAAAGGAAAUCAGCUUUUUCAACAGAAAAAAUUUGCAUUGGCUGUUGAACAUUAUACAUCUGCUAUUAACGCUGCCGAAAACAAUAAUCAAAUCUUACGUAUUUUAUAUUGUAACCGUGCUGCUGCUCAUAAAGAGUUGGGUAGAUAUCGUGAAGGAAUUGAAGAUUGUACAAAAGCCAUUCAACUAGACCAUGAGUUUUCAAAGGCGUAUGCCCGUCGAGCGCGUUGUCAUCAGCAGUUAAAUAACUUUGCUGCUGCCAUUCGUGAUUUUAAGAGUGCUAUUCAGUACGAUCCGAAUGAUCGCGAGUUAGAGCGUGAGCUGCGCAACUGCGAGCACAGCAUGGCGAAGGAGGCGGAGCGGGAGAAGGACUACUACUACGUCCUUGGCGUGAGCCGCAACUGCAACGAGCGGGAGAUCAAACUGCGCUACCGCGAGCUCUCGCUGCGCUGGCACCCCGACAAGUGCAUGUCGCUGCCGGAGGAGGAGCGCGAGCAGGCGGAGCGGCGCUUCAAAGUCAUUGGCGAGGCGCACACGACCCUCAUCGACCCCGCCCGCCGCCGCGAGUACGACUUCAAGUUGGACCGCGAGCGCCUCACGCGGGGCGGCGGCGGGGCCUUCGCGACGUACAGCGGCGACACGUUCCGCGGGCAGGCGGGCCGCUACCGCGCCGGGGGCGCCGGCUUCUGGUAA